AUGGAAUGUAAUCUGAAAACUAACUCUAAAGACCUCACAUUUAUAAAUGUAAAUGGUAUUGAUACUUCUAAAAUUGACUAUUUUCUAUAUACUGAUCUGAAGUGUGAACCAUCGAAAAGACUGAUUGAUUUACCAUCUAAUGUAUCAGACCAUCAUCCUAUAUCAAUGAGAAUCAAAUGUAACAUAACUCGAGAACAACAAUCAAGGAAUUCUGGAAAACAAAAACACAAAAUUAUUUGGAAUAAGGUAGACAAAUCUAGAUAUGAAGAGACUAUCAGUAGAAAUAUUGGAGAUUUUAUAGAAAGGUUAAAUUCCGAUAAGGUUAAUAUAGAAGAGAUUACCCUUCAAGCAAUGGACCUCUUGUCUGAUACUGCAAAACAGCUUGACCAGAAGAAAACGUAUGGGAAAAAUAAAUUAAAACUCAAUGUGUGGAACAAAGAAAUUUCGGAAUCAUUAGAAGCAAAUAAAUUAGCAUAUAAAAACUGGAAAUCAGCAGGUAGACCCCCAAAUAUUGAUAACUUACUUUUAACGGAAAAGAAACUCACUAGAAAAAACUUCAGGACAGCCAUUAGAAAUGAAGAAAUUAGAAGAAAGCAUAACGAAAGAAAUGACAUUAUUAACUACAAUCAGAAUGAUAAACAGAAAUUUUUUAAAUUAAUACGGAAACAGAGGCAAAAUGGGAACACUUUCAUCAAUGAUCUACACGUUGAAAAUGAAAUAUUUGAGAGAAAUGAUAUAUUAAAAGGCUGGAACCAACAUUUUAGUAAACUGGCAAUUCCCUCUGAACAUCCUGACUUUAACUAUCAACAUUUAGCACUAUGCCAAAUGGAUAAUAUCUCUAUAAAAAGGAUAAGUGAACAUUACGCUACUAGAUAUGUAGAUUUAGACACUAUUGAGAAAGCUAUAAAAUCAAUCAAUAAAGGAAAAGCUGAAGAUGUAUUUGGUAUAUCUAUUGAAAAUGUAUUAUAUGCCGGACAACAAUUUAAAUUAUUUUUGCAUAAACUGAUUAAUCGAAUGAUCGAAGAUAAGGUACUUCCUGACAUCAUCAAAACAGGGUUAUUAUCACCAGUAUUUAAGAACAAGGGAGACAAAAAUGAUGCCAAAUAUUAUCGUGGAAUAACAAUCCUUCCCAUACUUCUGAAGAUCAUUGAAUUUAUUUUACGUAUAGACCUAAGAUCUGGCUCUCUAAAAUUACAGUCCAUACUUCAAAAAGGUUUCACAGCAAAUACAUCACCUUUAAAUGCUGCUAUUAUUUUAGAAGAAGUGUAUAGGGAAUAUAUGGACAAAAAAUUACCUUUCUAUAUAGUGCUAUUGGAUGCAAAGUCAGCCUUUGAUGUUGUUGUUCUAAAAAUGUUGUUAAGAAAAGUAUAUAUAUCAGGCACUGAUCCAUCAUCCUGGCUACUGAUUGAUGAAAUCCAUAAGAACACAGAAUCUCGAAUAAAAUGGUCAACCGAAAUCUCAGAAAAAAUUUCAGUUCUACAAGGAGUUAAACAAGGCGGUUUAUUGAGCGCAGAUCUAUAUAAGAUAUAUAUCGAAGAUCUUCUUAAUACAUUUGAAAAUACUACAUCUGGAUGUGAGAUAGGUGAAACGCUGAUUAAUGCAGUAGCAUGUGCUGACGACGUAGCAAUUGUUAGUGAAAACCCACAUGAACUACAAUACCUUGUGAAUAUUGCUGCACAAUACAGUGAAGACCAUCAUUAUCUCUUACAACCACUAAAAAGCGUAGUUAUACAAGUACAACCCUCAAACAAGAAAAAAUCUGAGGAUCCAGUAAGCAUAUUUAUAAACAACAAUGCAAUGCCAAUUUCAGACAAAUCUCCACACUUGGGAAUUUUAAGAUCAACAACCAGUCAAAAAACACAAAAUGCUACCGUUGAACAGAACAUCACCAAAUCAAGAAGAGCCGCGUACAGCUUAAUGUCAGCCGGUAUGCAUGGAGAAAAUGGACUUGAUCCUAGUACUGCUAUUCAACUAUUUAAAACCUUCGUACAACCCAUCUUAACUUAUGGUCUCGAAGUCAUACUACCAACUUCAAAUAAUCUACUUAAAUUGGAAAAAUUUCAGAAGAAAAUAUUAAAACAAAUUUUAUCCAUACCUAUAUCAGCUCCUGAUCCAAGUGUUUACAUCAUGUCUGGCAUUCUACCUAUAGAAGCUCAAAUUGAUCAAAAAUCAUUAAAUUUAUUCAACAACAUCUGUAACCAAAAUGAAGAACAUUUAGAAAAGAAAAUAGCAAGGAGGCAUUAA